CCUACCCCCACCCCCAACCCCCCACUCAUUCUGGCUUCUUCUCUUUAGAAACCAAGCUCCUUGCUACCAAAAAUCCAUGGCGAAAUUACGUAAUUCUCCCUCAUUUUGUAUACUCCCUUUCUUGUUUCUUGCUUUUCAACUCACCACAAGUGACAAAAAUACCCUUCAAAACAACCACCAUCUUCAUGAAGAAGAAGAAGCUGACCGGAUCACAGCCCUUCCCGGCCAACCCAACGUCUCUUUCCAUCAGUUUUCUGGCUACGUCACCGUCAACAAAGUCGCCGGAAGAGCCCUCUUUUACUGGCUGACUGAAGCCGCCGACCACCCUCUCUCUAAACCCCUAGUCAUAUGGCUCAACGGAGGUCCCGGUUGCUCUUCUAUAGCAUAUGGUGCAUCUGAAGAAGUGGGACCCUUUAGAAUAAACAAAGGGGCUUCAGGGUUGCAUGUUAACAAGUUCUCAUGGAACAACGUGGCUAACAUCUUGUUUCUCGAAACUCCGGCCGGUGUUGGUUUCUCGUAUAGCAACCGCUCCUCUGACCUACUCGACACUGGCGAUCGUCGCACUGCUGAGGAUUCACUUCAAUUUGUGAUUCGAUGGAUGGAGAGAUUUCCGCGUUAUAAACACCGUGAAGUUUAUAUAACUGGAGAAAGUUAUGCGGGUCACUACGUUCCUCAACUGGCACAACAAAUUUUAAGACACAAUUCCAAAUCCGGUUCCAGUUCCAGUUCCAUCAAUUUUAAAGGAAUUAUGGUGGGAAAUGCGGUGACAGAUUAUUACUAUGACAACCUUGGAACGGUGACAUAUUGGUGGAGUCACGCUAUGAUCUCUGAUAAAACGUAUCACCAACUCAUUAACACAUGUGAUUUUAAACGUCAAAAGAAUUCAAACGAAUGUGAAUCAUUAUAUAGCUAUGCUAUGGAUCAAGAGUUUGGAAAUAUCGACCAAUACAACAUUUAUGCACCCCCUUGUAACAACUCUGAUGGUAGCCACUCGGGUGCGACCCGUCAAACCAUGCGGUUGCCCCAUCGGCCCCAUCAGACGUUUAGACAGAUGUCAGGUUAUGAUCCGUGUACAGAAAGGUACGCGGAGGUUUAUUAUAACAGAAAAGAUGUUCAAAAGGCACUUCAUGCUAAUACGACACGGAUUCCUUAUAGAUGGACUGCUUGCAGUGAGACUUUGAAUCGUAAUUGGAAUGAUACCGAUAUGUCAAUUCUUCCCAUAUAUCGUGAACUUAUCGCUGCAGGAUCACGAAUUUGGGUCUUUAGUGGGGAUGUUGAUUCAGUGGUUCCAGUCACAGCUACUAGGUAUGCACUAGCACAACUCAAGUUGAAAACUAAGGUUCCAUGGUACCCUUGGUAUGUCAAGAAACAGGUGGGAGGAUGGACAGAAGUAUAUGAAGGAGUUACAUUUGCAACAGUGAGAGGGGCAGGUCAUGAGGUACCACUUUUCAAGCCAAGGGCAGCAUUGCAACUACUUAUGUCCUUCUUAAAAGGCCAACCACUUCCCAAAGCUUGACCCAAAAGUCAAAAUGUUGACUAAAAGUCAACGUUUUGACUAUCAUUAUUGAAAUGUGUCACUUGGUCAGAAGCAAAAGAUUGACUUUUGACUUUGGUAGAAAUUAGAGAUGUUUUAAGGGGUUAAAGGAUUUUUCUUGAAAGUAAUAUUGAUUGGCAUCAAAAGAUUGAGUUCAAAAUUUGUGGAAAAUAAUUAGAGGAGGUUAAAGGGAAUUUAUCAAAAAAUAUGGUAGUUUGUUGUAACAUACCGUUUAUUUAGGAUGUC